AUGGCGCAUAGGUGCUUAACCUGCUCGCGCGAAAGGGUUCAUGUCUUUUGCCUUCUGAUGCAGUUUCUUCCAUCGUCUUCUUGUCUAAUUAAUCUAGUUAUAAAACGUUGCGGUGUCAUGGCUACACCAUUCAUUAUAGGAGGUCAAAGGUCUCGAAGAGGUCAGUGGCCUUGGCAAGCGUCACUACAGAUCGUGACCUCGACAACCCCUUGGCACCGAUGUGGCGGAGUACUCGUGCAUCCUAAAUGGAUUUUGACCGCCGCCCACUGCAUGGAAGGGCCAUUUUAUGGAGAGAUCAGCAAUUGGAGGGUUGUACUGGCAGACUAUAACCUGGAGACAGUGUCUGGGAGUGAGAUCUACAGGGACAUUGUCAGGGUUAUCAGUCACCCUGGCUACGUCCGGACCAGCAACUUCCCCAACGAUGUGGCCCUGCUGGAGUUAGACUCAGCCGUGGACAUGACCGCUGGAGAUGUGCAGACCGCUUGUAUGCCUGAGUCGGACUUUCCCCUUGUUCCCGGCAUGAAGUGUUGGAUCAGUGGUUGGGGCGAGACACGGGGCACCGGUGGAAAUGAGCACAUCAUGAAUGAAGUGACCGUUGAUGUGUUACCUCACGAUCAAUGCAAGUCCAUGUGGGGCAAGGUCAACAUUGAUGUCCUUGAAAGUCAAGUGUGUCUGGGUCAUGGUCAGACUGGAGCGUGCUAUGGGGAUUCAGGUGGCCCGCUGAUGUGCGAGAGUGAGGGUCGGUUCUAUGUAGCCGGAGUCAUGUCAUGGUUGAUCAACAACUGCUCCGCCAACAACUUCCCUAACGUCUUCACCAGACUGCCCAACUACACCGAGUGGCUCUACAAGGAACUAGACUACUUUGAGUGGAUGCGCUAUUUGUAA